AGUGAAAGAAUCCUGAGGAGAGAAGACGCAAGAAGAAGAAAACCAAAAGAGGGGCGUACAGCAGUGAUAGAGGGAGAGGAAGAGAGAGAGAGAGAGAGAGGAGGAGUGGAUGGUAGAGAGCUGGAGACACAGCGCGCGGGAGGGAGAAAGAUGGCCUCGGUAACGGCGGAGAAUGGCUUCAGCACCGCGGACAGCUCCGGUAGAAUGAACGGACUCAACAGCGCGAUUCCCAUGAAAGAUCACGACGCCAUCAAGCUCUUCAUCGGUCAGAUCCCGCGCAACCUGGACGAGAAAGACCUCACGCCGCUGUUCGAGGAGUUCGGGAAGAUCUACGAGCUCACGGUGCUCAAGGACCGGUUCACCGGGAUGCAUAAAGGAUGUGCCUUUCUAACGUACUGUGCCAGAGAAUCAGCGCUGAAGGCCCAGAGCGCUCUCCACGAACAAAAGACUCUACCCGGGGUGAGAGACACAGUGUUCUUUUAUUUCUCUCCUGAACUCAUAAUCAGCACAGCUCUGGCUGUCGGACUCUUUCUGCUUGCUUCAUGCUCAUUAAUGAGGUUUUCGAGGGCAGCGUCUGACAUUUGAACAAGAUGAGGCAAAUAA